UUUUUUUCCUUUUCCCCCUAUUUUUAAAUCUUCCUCCCGCUCCCCCUCCGCACCCGGCACUUCCGGCUGGUUUCCGGGCGGUUUCCGGAGCGGCUCCGGCGGCGGCGAUGCUGGAGGCGGCGGCGGGGCCCGCGGCGGGCGGCGCGGAGCAGCGCGGGAGCCGCUUCAGCGUCCUGACGUGGGAGCAGGUGCAGCGGCUGGACCAGAUCCUGGGCGAGGCCGUGCCCAUCCACGGCCGCGGCAACUUCCCCACGCUGUCGGUGCGGCCCCGCACCAUCGUGCAGGUUGUCCGCAGCCGCCUGCAGAAGAAGGGAAUCACCGUGCACAACGUCAGGCUGAACGGCUCAGCAGCCAGCCACGUCCUGCACCAGGACAGCGGCCUGGGCUACAAGGACCUGGACCUCAUCUUCGGGGUGGACCUGAAGAGCGAAGACGUUUUCCAGCUGGUUAAAGAUGUGGUCAUGGAUUGCCUGCUGGACUUCCUCCCCGAAGGUGUCAACAAGGACAAGAUCACGCCCAUGACCCUGAAGGAGGCCUAUGUGCAGAAGCUGGUGAAGGUGUGCAACGAGACCGACCGCUGGAGCCUCAUCUCGCUGUCCAACAACAGCGGCAAGAACGUGGAGCUCAAGUUCGUGGAUUCCCUGCGGCGCCAGUUCGAGUUCAGCGUGGACUCCUUCCAGAUCAUCCUGGACUCGCUGCUGCUCUUCGGGGAGUGCUCGGAGAACCCCAUGGCCGAGAGCUUCCACCCCACGGUGACCGGGGAGAGCAUGUACGGGGACUUCCAGGAGGCCAUGGAGCACCUGCGCAGCCGCGUCAUCGCCACGCGCAACCCCGAGGAGAUCCGCGGCGGGGGGCUCCUCAAGUACUGCAACCUCCUGGUCAGGGGCUUCAAGCCCAAGUCGGAGGUGGACAUGAAGGCCCUGCAGAGGUACAUGUGCUCCAGGUUCUUCAUAGACUUCUCGGACAUCGGCGAGCAGCUGCGCAAGCUGGAGGGGUACCUGCAGAGCCACUUCGUGGGCAUGGAGAGCAACAGGUAUGACUAUUUGAUGACCCUGCACAGGGUGGUCAACGAGAGCACGGUGUGCCUCAUGGGACACGAGAGGAGGCAGACCCUGAACCUCAUUGCCAUGCUGGCUGUCAGGGUCCUGGCUGAGCAGAACAUCAUCCCCACCGUCACAAACGUUACCUGCUACUACCAGCCAGCCCCUUACGUCAGCGAAAUAAACUUCAACUACUACGUGACCCACGUGCAGCCCUUCCUGCCUUGCAAUCAGUCCUACCCCACGUGGCUUCCCUGUAACUGAGCCAGGACAAGCUCCAAGGGUCUGUCCUCCAAGGUAUUUCCUUGCCUUGGGGGGGUUUGGGAGGGUGGGCAGGGGGAACAAAAUAAAAACCUCCCGACCUUCCUAGGACUGCGACGAAAGGAAACUUCCUGGACUCUUGCUCGAGUGUCUUGUUCCUGGGAUUGUUGGAGCGAGGCUUGUCUGCUGUACACUGUGAUGGGAAGUGCAGUGUUAGGGGGAUGACUCCUUGUGGAAUUGUGGAGGCAGUGGGGUGGGUGGGGUGUGUGAGGGGAGACUGUAGAAUUACGCUAAGGUAGAGCUGCACUGCCCUGACAUGGAUCUGAAUUGUGGUUUUUUUUUUAGUGCAGGAGGUGUUAUGGGUGUGCAAACUUGUGGUUUCUGCCGAGAGAAGCCAGAGUGGCUAAUUCCUUUGAAGGACCAAAGAAUCCUGUUUAAGUGCCUGUAACAAUAGAAACACAACUGUACUGUAAACCUUUAUUAUUUUUUUGCGGGGGCUGACGGCCCAGAGCUUGAGUGGGGAAUGUCUGAAGAGGAAAACGUUUCUGUCGUGGGUGGGGAGGGUCGCAAGAUCAUUUCUUAUCCUGGCUGAGGCCAGAGCAGGUUCUGUGUGGCUGAGGGGUUUGGGCAGGACCAGCUGGAGCCAAGAGCUGCCCAAGUGGGGCUGCAUAACCCAGGGCUUGGAAAGGCUGGAACUGGGAGCACUGGGGAGGGGAGGGUGCAUGCUGGAAAAUGCUGUGCAGAACUUGCUGGAAAAAAAGGCAGCAGGGACCUACACAUGGAUUUCUUCAAGCUCCCGAGUCUGCAGUGCCAAAAUAGAGUUGAGUUCCUAAAUGAUGAGGCAGGUGAUUUGUCCAGGAGCCUGCCCCAGGCUGCCAUACCCAAUCCUGUGUUUUCUAGGGGAAUUUGAAAUGCUGCUCUUCCUUUUUUUUUUUUUUUUGACAUGCAGUGUGAUUUUAAUGCACAAAGCCAGAGGCCAGCUGGGCUCUCGGGGAAGGUGAGGCUUGUCCUUUGAAGCACAAAUCAUCCAGGUCACUGGUCAGUCAUUUCCAGCUGUCCCUGUGUCCUCCAGGACCUCUUCCAUGCUGGAAAUCAUCCCUUGGGCAGGUCCUGUCUCCAAAGCAGAGUUCCCAGCUCUGAUUCCCUGUGUGAUAGCAUUUGAAAUUCAUCCUCUAGCUAGAAAUGGAGCCUGGGGGAGGAAAGUGGGGUGAAGUUAGUUGGCCUUAGGAAAAAAAUGUCUUCUAAACAGACCCUGUUGUGUUUUGAGGUUUGGCUCUCUGUCCAACGUGGCGUUGGAGUUGUUGGGUGUCCAGAGCAGAGUUUUUGUGAGGUGCCUGGGCUGCUGUGCCUGCAGCCAUCUCAGAGGGAUUGAGGGUGCAGGGAGCAGAGGGGCAGGCUGCAGGCAUCCAUCCUGGAAUGCUGCUCCGGGAUCACCUCGGCUCCCUGCCGGGCUGGGGCUCGAGGACCUUCACUGACCUGUGGGGUUUUGGUUUUUUUGUUUUUGUGACAAAACUGUAAUAGCUGGGCAGAUUGAAAUAAAGACUAGAUCCUUGGAAUGUGCAUAGCCAGAUUGGUACCUUUUUUGGGGUAGGGGCAAUGUGGAGGGGGAGUGAGGGGUGGGGGGUGGCUCUGGCCCCUGACAUGACCUGGCCCUGCCCUGCCCCUCCUGUCAGAGCUGGGUGAGAGGUGCUGGCCCUGGGGCCACUGCAGGGCUUUGCCUUCAUGGCCAAGUCCCCCAAACUCCCUGUGCUGGGAGCUUGGGAUUUCCAGUGCAAGGGAAGUCUUUAAGGGCUGCUUUUGGGAGCCCCAGAGUGCCACUGCUGUGGCUUUGAGGAAGAUGAGAUUUUUUUUUCUUUUUUUCCCUUGUAUUUUGAACUGUAGAUGCCCUGUAGCAGGUUUUUUACAGGCUGCUCCUACCCACAGACACACUAAACUGAGAUUUCCUCCUUCCUUCCCUUUGAGAUGCCCAGAAAGAUCCCCUACAGCCAACAGCUCGACAGGGCGACCUACCAGUGAGGAGAUUGCACUUUGGAUUUAUGGAGUGUGUGUGCUGGGGCUCUUGUGAAUGGGUUGAACCUGAAUUUUUCUAGACCUUGCAGUGAUACUGUGCUGCCUCCUGUGAGGGGGCAAUUGGAAGAUUCCAGUAGCUUGAAUGGCACUUGAUUUCUUUAUUUUUUUUGUUGUUUUGUUUGUUUUAAAUGUCUUUUUUUUUUCCUACACCUGUAUCACUUGUCAUGCAUUGGGCUUGACAUAGACUCACUAGAUUCUUUAGAAUCUGUUACGAAUAAAUACAGUGUAUUCAAAUUUGUUGGGUUAUUUUUAUUUGCUUGUCCAUGUGGGUAGUGUGACGAGGAGAUGACCCUGACCCUGCUCCCACCAAAAUCCAGGCUGGGAACCAGCUGGGCCCCUCCAGAGGGGCAAGCUGAGAUCCUGGCUGGACCUGCCCAGGUGUUCCCCCAGCCCGGGGCAGCUCUGAGUCCUGGGCAGGGCCAUCCCUGAGGUGGGGGUGGCACUGGGAGCCCCUCCCUGAUGGUUUUCCCUGCUGGUUUUCCCUGGCUGUGUCCCUGCUGGUUUUCCCUGGCUGUGUCCCUGCUGCUGGGAGCUGAGCUUGGCUCUGUGAGCCACCUGAGCGUGGCUCCUGCAGGAGGAGAGGCUGGGAGGGUUCCUGUCCCAGGAGAAGCUGUGUGCUGAGCUGUGCUGCUGCUGCUCAGCUCCCGGGGAUGGCUGGCAGGGGUGCAGCUCCUCCAGCCCUGGCUGCCCUCCAGCCUGAGAUGAAGUUUCACUUCCCCCUGUCAAGCUCCAGGCAGUUCUGGUUCCACUGCAACAAUGGAGCUGACGAUGUGCCAGUCCCUCUUUGGGACAAACUCGCUGGCUCUGCACCUCCGAAUUUUCACAGUCCAGGGCCAGAGCUUCCCUCUGACAGCAGGGCUGGGAUGUUCGUGCUGGGCUGGCACUGCCAGGGUCCCUGUCCCUGCUUGGGCAGGCUCUGCCUUUUGCAGGGCUCCUUUCUCUCCACCCUGCUGGGUUUGGAGACGUUUCCCUCUUUCUGGCACAAGCCCAGCACGAUCUCCUGCCUUUUCCCAGUGUGUCUCACGUGUGGGAGCAGCUCUGAAGUAUCUGAGUCCCUCAGCUGUCUUUGUGUGGGUGGCUGGUCCUGCUGGUGGUGUGUGGUGAAUAAGCUGCCUCUGGAUUUGUGACCCUGAGCAGAGCAACAAAAGCCCUGACAGAGUCGGCUCGGCAUUGUUGGAGUGGAUCAGAGCAUACAAAGGGAUGUUGGUGGAAAGUACUCGUUGUGAUCAGAAAGGAGCUAUCAAUGUUUACAGCCGAGAUUCCCAUCCCUCUUUUGUUAAUUGUCAAAUAAAAAAAAAACAGCUCUAUAUUUUCUCACA